GCAUUCUCUCAAAACACACGCUCUCUCUCUCUCCACCAAUUUCGUCAAAAGGAAGGAAACAAACCUUUCUCUUUUCUUUUCUUUUCCUUUCUUUUCUUGUUUUCUUGCAAAAUAUCAACACCACCAUCUCAGUGGCUUUUCAAGAUUCCAAUUUUCUUCAGUUUUUGGAGAGAAAGGCUUUUAAGAACCGGGUUUUCCUUAUUUUUUGUGAUGUUUGGAUUUUUAAAGGUUGUUGGACUGUGGAAUCUUGGUGAUACCAGGCUGGAUGUUUAGCUGAUUGGUUCUUUCGCCUGACUUCUUGGAACAUUUUCUAUUGGUUUCUGAGGGUUGCUGUUGUAAAUUCUUUGGAGUUUUCUUUCCUAUGGUGAAGGAGCUUUGGUACACGUUUAAAGGCUUGAAUUUUGGCAUUUUGUACUAUGGAAACGAUGUAUAGAUUGUUUUGUGGAGCAAUGGAAGAUUUGAGUGUUUAGAAUUUCUAAAUUGGAUAUGAGAGUGGGGUGAAUAUAGUAGUGUUAAUCAUUUAAAGAAAUAUGUCUUCAAUUUUACCUUCUGCUAUUCCACCAAUUUCUAGUGAUAUCUCACCACCACCACCACCAGCUCCUCCUACCUCUUCUACCUCUAAUUCCUCAACCACUUCACCAUCCCCUACGUCGUCUCAGCCAAAUCAAACUACUGAUCCUUCGCCAUCCUCAGCACCAUCAAAUUCUUCGUCUCCACCACCUCAAACCCCUCCUGCAGCUGUCCCUACAGCCCCUCCUCCAUCACCACCUUUGUCACCACCACCGGCAUUGCCAACACCACCAGCUUCUCCUCCACCAUCUACUGCAGCAUCUUCUCCUCCAUCCCCUCCAGCUUCCCCACCUCCAUCACCUCUAACAUCUCCUCCACCUUCACCUCCUACUGCCCCUCCACCCUCUCCAGUUUUAUCUCCACCACCACCAUCAAGUGCUUCUCCUCCUUCACAAGCUGCAGCUGCACCUCCGGUUGCAACAUCACCUCCACCUCAGGUCAUUCCACGUUCCCCACCUCCUCCAGCUAAUGUUCCAACAUCACCUUCCUCAAAAUCUCCACCUUCACCACCAGCAACACCACCAACUGAAAGCUCUUCCUCACCUCCUACACUAACACCUCCAACAUCUAGCACUAAGUCUGCUCCUCCUCCUGCCACAACUUCUCCCUCAACACCCACAUUAUCAUCACCGCCUCCUUCAGUUCCCUCAACCUCCUCACCACCUACAAUUUCACCCCCAGCAACUCCAAGUACUCCUUUGACAAACGGAAGUUCUAUUUCAUCACCUUUGCCCUCAAUUCCUAGAGAAAAACCAACUGCAAAGUCAACUAAUGUUACCAAUUCAUCUGCAAAUGCAACAUCCUCUGGUAAAAAUGGUUUAGGAGCUGGCGGUGCUGUGGCGAUAGGCAUUGUUGUUGGGUUUAUUGUGCUCAGUCUUCUUGUGAUGGCUAUGUGGUUUGCACAGAAACGAAAGAGGAAGAGGGCUGGACCAAAAAUUGGGUACAAUAUGCCUUCCCCAUUUGCCUCCUCACAAAAUUCAGAUUCAGUAUUUUUAAGGCCCCAGUCUCCACCUCAACUAGUAGUGGCAAGUGGUUCUAACAGUGGUUUUCAUUCACAGUCAGAGCCUGGUGGGGUUAAUAAUUCCAGGUCGUGGUUCACAUAUGAAGAGCUAGUCCGGGCAACAGAUGGGUUUUCUGAACAUAAUCUUUUGGGUGAAGGUGGAUUUGGUUGUGUAUACAAAGGUAUCCUCACAGAUGGUAGAGAAGUGGCUGUAAAGCAGCUAAAGAUUGGUGGUGGACAAGGGGAGAGGGAAUUUAGAGCAGAAGUUGAGAUUAUUAGCCGAGUACAUCAUCGCCAUUUGGUUCAACUUGUGGGGUACUGUAUAUCAGAGCAUCAAAGAUUGCUUGUCUAUGAUUAUCUACCGAACAAUACCCUUCAUUACCAUCUCCAUGGUAGAGGCAGGCCAGUUAUGGAUUGGGCUGUUCGAGUCAAGGUCGCUGCAGGUGCAGCUCAUGGGAUAGCAUACCUGCAUGAAGACUGCCAUCCUCGCAUCAUUCACAGGGAUAUCAAGUCAUCAAACAUUCUUCUUGACAACAAUUUUGAGGCUCGGGUUUCAGAUUUUGGGCUUGCAAAGUUAGCUUUGGAUUCAAAUACCCAUGUAACCACACGUGUGAUGGGAACCUUUGGAUAUAUGGCUCCAGAGUAUGCAACAAGUGGCAAGUUAACUGAAAAAUCUGAUGUUUAUUCCUUUGGUGUUGUGCUCUUGGAGCUAAUUACCGGGCGCAAGCCCGUUGAUGAUUCUCAGCCCCUAGGUGAUGAGAGCGUGGUCGAAUGGGCUCGACCAUUACUUGCUGAAGCAAUUGAACAUCAAGACUUUGAAGAGUUGGUGGAUCCAAGGCUUGAAAAGAACUAUGUGGAUCAUGAAAUGUUUCGCAUGAUCGAGGCAGCUGCAGCUUGUGUGCGACAUUCAGCUGUUAAAAGGCCAAGAAUGAGUCAGGUGGUGAGAGCUCUAGACUCAUUGGAUGAGUCAUCAGAUCUCACAAAUGGAAUGAAACCAGGCCAAAGUGAAGUUUUUGAUUCAGCGCAACAAUCUGCACAAAUCAGAAUGUUUCAGAGGUUAGCAUUUGGGAGUCAAGACUACAGUUCUAGUUUCUUUAAUCACACUCAAAGCAGUUGGAAAAGUCGAGAAGACGGUAGUCAGGGUAGCUGGAGGAGUCGAGAGUAUGGGAAUCAGGACGGCAGCUGGAGUGAAGAGCAUAAGGAGCAUAGCACCUUAAUGCCUUAAAUGCAUCUUGGGCAUAAAAGACAGUCAGAUGAGUUCAAUGCAUACCAUUACAAGAAAACUGAAUACCUGCUGAGAGUUCAGCUGCAUCGCAGUUUAAGGGGGAUGCCUUAACUCUCAAUUUUGGAUAACAUUUUGAGACCCAGAUCAUGAAAUCUGGUCAUGCUGCUCACGUGAUGUGUGAUAUUGAGCAUUUUGUUCCUUCUAACCUUUUUUUUUCCUUGAGCUCACAUGAAAAAUAAAGAGAAAGAAAAAGCUUACAUGAUUUUCCUGUAAGAAUGUUGGUGCAUGUAUUUUCUAUGUUCUUUAGAUUCAUUCAUACCUUUUUUUUUUAAUUUUUUUUAUUUGUAUUUACUAAAUCUG